AAGCAAAAUUCAAAAAAUUGUUCAAAUCAAAAUCCCGGAUCCUAUUAUUUUCUCUCAUUUGGAAAAAUUGCCGAAAGCGGGAAAAAACAAAACAAAACAAAAAAAACCCAAAGGGUGUCACCGUGACAAGUACAGUACUCCCUCCCUCCUACCAAACCUUCACUCUCUCUCUGCUCUCUUCAACGUCCUCUUUCUCUUUCUCUUAAUUCACUAUCAAAACACACAAAAACACAAAAUCAGAAACUUCGUUUGAUAUCUCUCUCUCUUUUUUCUCUCACCGGAUGUGGCAGGUUCUCUUAGCUGCAGCAGUAGCUGGAUCCACAAGUCUCGUCGCCAAACACCUCUUUAACCCCAAUGCCAGUCCCGAUCCCACCGAAAAACCCCACAGCCUCAACCCUCAAGCUUCCAAAUUGGACUCUCCGCCUCCGCCGACUCCGAUUGAUUGUAAUUUCGAGGAACAAGAACGGGAUGGUAUCUUCAGGUUUUCGAGUUCGGGGUCUCGAUCUAGAUCGAGCAACUCGCGGAAGAAACCCGGUACUCGUAAACUGGUUGGGGCUGCUAAGAAGGCUGGAGACAGAUCUGGCCGUGUGGAGAAACAGAAAGGAGAGGCAGUGAAGGAGAUUCAGAGGAAGAGCUCUGCUAGGAAAUUCGCCGUUUCCUUAAAGAGAAGGAAGACUAACAAGAAUGUCGCUAACAAGUCUGGAUCGUCUUCUUCUAAUUCUAAAGAAAGCUCUUUAUUUGGCUGGGGACUUGGUGUUGGGAUCAUGUACAUGAUGUCAGCAGGGAAAACUGAGAUCAGUAAGCUGAAUAUGGCUGUGGACGAGACUGCAAAAGUUGUUCAGGAAUUAAAAACUGAGCUUUACAAGAGAAAAUCAUCUCAUCAUCUGCACAUUCCUGCUAGUAAAGCUGAUGCAAAGUCAAGGAAAAAUAAUAGCAAGCAUACUCAACUUGCGUUAAAUAAGUUUAACACACAGAAUGUAGACCCUAAAAAUUUCAAAAUUUCUGGUGUCUCUGUUAUUGAUGAUGGUGAAUAUGCAAGUAGUGUUCUUACUGAAGAGCCAGAACCAAGGCUACUUGAAAUGGAUGAACUGGAAGCUGAGUUUGAGUCUGAACUGCAAAAACUUCCUUGGUGCAUCAUGGAAGCUUCUCAACAAGAAGAAAUGAGACCAAUUCUGGGUGAGGACCGUGAGACUGAAGUUUCAGAUAUGGAGUUACAUGAAGUGGAGGGCCAGAAUUUGCAUUCUAAUCAGUUUGAUGGAGUGGUGCCAGCUGAACUUGAUCAGAAACUUUGCCAUUUGCUCAUUGAACAGCAGGAAAACCAAAUUGUAGAGCUGGAAUCUGAAUUGCAUUCAGCCCAAUCCAAACUUAAUUCGAAGGAAGCUGAACUCCAAGCAUUGAAGGACUGCGUUAGACGCCUAACUAAUUUCUCUCUGUCAAAUGUUUCCGAUGAUGAAACUGAGGCACUUGAGGAACAAAAGCAUACCAGUGAAUGGGAUUACAAGAACCAGACUGAAUCUGAAUCAAAUAAAUCAAUGGUUGGGAUGAAAAGACCUAUGGACUAAGCAUUGUGUGGUCAUUAUGUAAGAUGACUAAUGUAUUAUAUAUAGGUAAAGAAAGUAAUGUUAGCACCUCCUUUAUUUGCACAAUGCCUAUUUACCAAAUAUCAUCAGCUUGUUCCUUUCUUUGGGCCAAAAUAAAAAAAAACAGCUUGACACCCCACCCCUCCCAAAAGAUAGUAUAGUAUUAAAAAAUUUGUAGUAGUUUGCUUCUCUUGCAAUCUGCACAUGUAAUUUAGUAAUUUUAUAUAUGAUCUUAAUUUUUAAGCCUAGUGUCUAGCGCUAUACUAUCUUCA